AAUCAGCCUCCUAACGGCAGGGGCCCGGCGCUCCACAGACGGGACACUUUUUUUUAGCUGGCCACACCGUGAAAAAGCAAAUCACAAAAGAAGCAUGUGCGUGUUGAAGAAACUCAACGUGUCUCUAUUCACACGGACAAGGAAACUGGAUUAUUACAGGUAACAAACGUCAUGCUCGGAGGAAAACUCUCAUCGCAGGUUUUCGUCAUCCUCCAACAUAUCUGACCAAAUAAGAACUAGGUUAGCCCAUGAUGAAACUGAUUUUUGUGAACCUCCGCUCACUUCCUUGUUUGGGGGGAGACCGGCUAUAAGCUCCGCCUUUUUACUUAUACUCGAAUGAUAGCUCUGCCCACAGCCAGUUCGUUGAGAAAUGUAUGCAGCGUAGUUCGAGUGAGCUGUACGGCCAUUCGGUGCAACCUUAUUGUGUUCGGAAAAUGACCAUCGUGAUUAUAAUAACCUACAUGCGGUAUUGACAGGCUAGCGGCGAGUUCACGCGAGAUCCGAGAGACUUUUAGAGAUAAUAAGCUGGUUAAGGCCUUCCUCUUGGACAGUGGGUACGUACUGGUGUCACACCAGCCUCCCUAAGCAUUGUCACACUCGGCCGGCGGAGAGAUUAGGGUUUUGAUCAGAUUAGCGUGCUCUUCGCCAGUUCACGGCGAUCAGUGGAACUCAAGCCCACGAGAGACUUGCUUUCUCCAGGCCAAGUUAUAGGCUUCUGCCUGCCCUCAUCCGUUCAGCCAGCUAGCGGCCGCGGUAACAUUUUACAGUUGUUACAGUUUUACAAACUAUUGGAACGCAGACUUUUGCAUUUAGCACUUUCCACACAGCAGAGAACGAAACCGAAACUAACAAGAGUCCAGGUUUGAUGUUACAAAACUGACAAGAGUUUUCUCCCGUUACUUUCCGAUCUCACGCGUGUAAGCCUUGGACAUCGGCGACAACAUGGGCGAAAUCCAUAGGUUAUCGGCAACCAUUGCCACGAUUUACACGAAUUUCUGGGCGUUUGUUGUGAUGAGCGUCUACACGUUCUCCGAGGGAUGGAGAAGCUCCUGGGAGAAACCUGAUCGCCCCAAAGACAGCCUGAACUACGGCGUGGCUCUUCUUACCUUAUCCCUGGCAUCCUUAGUCACAGGUCUGACAUCCGGGGAUGCUGACGAGCCUUUGUUUCGAGCCGUUUUUCUCUGCCUCACCGCUGUGUGGGCAUCACGUGGCCUGUACCACGUGGUCGACGCUAACUCCACUGUUCCUGUUGUGACAACGAGCGAGGGCUUGUUUCCAGGUUACGGCGCGUUUCUUUGCAUUUUUGUGGUUUUCACUGGUCUUGCUUUAGUUCAGCGUUCUAAACACAUAGCUAUCUUGUCCUUCUGUUUGGCCUUAGCCUGCCUUUUUGAGAUCGUUUCCUUUUGGCGACCCUUAUCCAACGCCACCGGCGCUUAUUACGUUCUGCUGGGCGCCAUUUUGAUCCAGAGCUUGUUUCGUUACAUGAUCAAGCGCCGAUCGGCAUCUGACUCCGAAAUUCCAGAGAGACUCCGCGACAAUCAGGCGCUGUCCAUAGACUACGUUGUUGUUGGUAAUGCGAUGAACGUCGUCUGUUCGGCGGUCUUUGCCAGUCAUGUGACAGGCAUCACUUCGUUUCCUAGUGACAGUUUCGCUUGGGUGUUGGUGCCGGGUCUCCUACAAACCAUCUGUGGGGUCGUGUCUGUCAGACGUUCCGAUGUCUAUCACGGGUGUCACUUUUGUCUAUAUGGGGUCUUCUGGGCCGGCGUAGGGGUCACUUUGGCCAUGGAGUUUUUCCGCGACACACGGACAUCACCACUCAUUGCCGUCUAUAUUUUCUUCAUUGUCGUCUACCUUUGUGCUGGAAUAUUCUCAGCUACUAAAGAGCUGUUUGUUUCUUUCCAAAACAUAGUGUUUUGUUUAUUUUGCUUGGCUCUCUGUACUGAUGGUUUAUCUGGAAGGUUUCUUGGCGCGAUGGGUUGGAUCAACUUCUUGUUGUCUCUGUACGGCUUAGCCGCUCAAUUAACAAGGGUACUGAAAUGUUCGGUCAAACUGCCUCUCGGCAGGCAUUUAUUCGAAUCCAACAGAAUUCAACAAAACAUGGUCGACAAAGUGAGGUGCUGCGCUUCUUGCAUCUAUGGAAAGUUGCAGGAUCAAUCCAAGCAGCCCGCGAACAAGAUGUCGGGAGACGUUAUGUUAGGUUAUUCAAAGUACGCUGAUUUGGACAUGAUCGGUUUUUUCUGCAAUGCGGUGGCAGGUUUAGCCAUUCUCUGGCCGCCAUCAGGAGGUAGUAUAUUUAUUCUCCCCUGGGUUUUUGGUAUUGGCGGAUUUCUUCAACUCCUCGUCGGCUGCGUGUCAUUCUCGCGGGGAAAAACUUUCGAAAGUUGCGCCUUCAUUGUAUUCAGUUGUCUUUGGUUAAUCUGGGGGACAGCCAGGGGAUUAGAUUUCUACGAAGGAGAACAGUGUGUAGCUGUGUCAGUUGGGUGUAUCACCUUCCUUGUAGUCGGCAUUUUACUUCUCUUGCUCUCAGCGGUUGUCAGUAAGGCCUGGUUCGUCACGACUCUCCUCUUUAACAUGGUCUGUAUCGCUUUCCUCGUGGACAGCCUUCAGGUGGAAGCCACCCACUCUUAUGAAGUGGUUGUCAUGAUCAUGUUUGCUGUGGUUUCGUUCUACUGUUUCACGGCAUGCGCACUGAGAUCUGUUACUGGUCGGCCAUUACUUCCGCUGGGCUCACCAAUCAUCAACGUGAGCUAUCUCCACGCUCAUGGUGGCACCGCAAUCUGGGCGAACGCCAAGAGGGACACGGGCGUAUCAAAAAUUGCAGACAUCCUAAACCGCGGAGGGAUAUGUGGGAUACCCUCAGACGUUGUCUACAUCCUCGUGGCUGCCUGUAAACACCCAGAGGCUGUUGAGAGAGCGUAUAACACAAAGAAACAAGCGGAAGAGCGUCCUAUGUCCAUGUGGAUCUCGAACCUGAAACAGAUUGAGGCUGGUAGGGAGUUGUUCGGAGAGCUGACCUGGGCAUUCAUGAAGGAGGUCUGGCCAUCCACCAUUAGUCUGGUCGUCAACAAAGGACCGUGGUUGCAGACGUUAGGAUUGCGUGACGCAGAGAAAUACAUUGGCCGGCCUGACAGCAUUGCUGUGCGCAUGCCUGAUAACACCAUCACGACGCACCUGAUUGACAGGACGGGGCCCGUGGCCGUAAGUUCUGCGAAUCCCACAGGAGAGGCUGAUACUACUCACCACCUGCAGGUGCUCGCUAAACUCGGCCCCAAAAAUUGUGACGGUAUCCUGUGUGACGGACCUUCUCACGAAAACGCCGCCUCCACUGUGGUGGACUGCAGGAAGAUUGAAGAGGGAAAGCUGGGAUUUUUCCGCGUUGGAAUCGUACCGAAAUCCAGAGUGCAAGAGAUCUUUGAUUCAGUCCAAGAGCGGCUCCGCGAGAAAAAGACCAAAGGUCGCUCUGGCUCUAUGAGUAGUAGCAACACCAGCAGUGCGGAUAGCGGAUUGGACGACCAGUCACAAGGGACCAGCGCCCGGGGCAGCCAAAAAGGCAGUCGCAAGAGCAGCAGGAAACUCAGCUUGAGAGGCAGUCGAAGAGGAAGUCAGAAAGGCAAAGUGACCUCUGACAUAGAAGGAACCGUCAACCCGGCAUUCGUGGAUGAUGAUGACAAGAUCAUAGUCCAUGACAGCAACAAACCCGAACCAGUAUCCACAACGCCAGUGUCCGCCAAGAGCGGUUUAUUGUCCAGUAAAGAUCAUUCAUACAAUACAUUUUCGGUAAAUAGUUUAGAUGUCGAUCCGAGAAGAAUCCGAAGACGAGAUUCCACAUCCGGGGAAUCGGAUGUUAUUGAUCGAGAAUCGCAUUGGGAAGAGCCCGCAAUAAUCGGUGAUGAGCGCUUACCGGAAGUACAAGUCCAAGUUCACAGAACGGUUGUCAACCAAGAGGAUGCGACCUCUGCCCUAUAACGAAUAUCAAUCAUAUGUAAUGACAAUAACACACAGCACUAUGGUCAUUGGAGCUCAACAGUCUAGUCAUAACAUGAAAGCCAUCAUCGUCGUAUCUGUCAUAAGUUGCACGAAGUUUACUGUACAAAUACACGCAGUAAACAGUAUAUUUCAACAGUAAACUUACUAAACAAAGCUAGGUUUUCUAAGCACAUCUUAUCCGCAAACGUGUUCACGUCAAAAUCAGUCGGAUUCGACAAUUUGUUCAAUUUAGAAGCUGCGACAAGCUAGUUGCUGUGCCUGUCUUUCUGUCGGUCGGUUAGUCUGCCUGUGGGUGGGACAAAUAUUUGACAUCCUAGCUAUUAACAUUGGUUAUUCACUGAACCAACGGCUUGAGGGCAACACUCCAUCGACUUUUUCCGGAAUGUUGGAGGGUAUUAAUUUUAUUAAUACACCAGGCUGGAUUUGGUAUAUGUAUCUAAUAAUUUAAUUUAACACGCAUAAAAUACCAGUAAUCUCUCGUUUACUAAGCUUAAGUCCUGGUCCCGAUAAGCAGUAAAAUUGACACAAUAACGGCUUAUGUGACUUUAUUGGACCUUUCCUGGUUGAGCAAUUUUUAAUUUAACUUUUUCCAGCCAUUGACUUCCAGUUCACCAUGGUAAAAUCACUUAACCAGAGGCAAUAGGACAAUCUUAUGAAAUAAAUGAAGAAUUAAAUUAAAUCAAAACCCCAUAAUGUUGUCGACUGACAUCAGAUACACGUUCGAUGAUUGUUUUGUUUUUUCUUUGUAUUAAAGUCGAUAUGCGGGGAAACAUAUAGAAGGUGUCAUUAUAGAGCUGAAUCUCUUGCAUGUUAUGUUUCACAAAAUAGUCUCACAGGCAAGUAAUUUAGGCCAAACAGAGGUUUUGAGAAAAGCUGACUGUUGUUAUUCAAAUCAGGCCAACCAGAUCAAAAUAUUAUUGUAAAUAAACGACGUGAUAUUUGUUUUACCCAUUUCUCUGCACGUUAGUACGUUCACACAUGUGUUAAAGAAGACAAAAUUUUGAGAUAUAUGAUUAAUAAUGAUAAUAUAAUAUAUGCAUGUACAAAUGCUGUAAAAUUAAAUUUGGUGAUGUUUAUGCUGAGAUAUUCUAUUUAGGCUAUCUGUUGUAAAUAAAACAUAUUUGUAUAU